UUUUUGAGCAUUUGUAUGAUGUAGGUUUUCGCCUCGGGGAAUACAGGAAUGUGUAUAUCGCAUUACUGCGUUAGAUUAUCUCAUGUAUGUAGGCAUUGAUUUAUUGUUAUUUAGGUACUGCAGAAACGUACGCUAAAUUAUAUUAACGAUUAAGAUUGUAAUUGUAUAACUUAAUUGCAAUUUACUAUUGAUUAUACAAACCAGUCUGUCGGAAAAUUCAAAAUUUUAUUGCAUCGUGUUUUUCAAGAAAGCAUCUUUAUGCUAUUAAGAAAGCCCGAAGGGCUUUAAAUAAUUUCACCGAUCAAUUAUCGGAAAAUUCGCCGAGUUCGAUAACGUUUGAAAUCGUAGGACGGUUCUAGAGUGGAUUCUUAGACGAUUUUGAGCGGCGAUAUGUAUUAAGACGAAUGUUGUCAAAAUAAAUCCUUAGUCGAGCUCGAUCCGUCUCGCAGUAUUCACGUUGAUCGACGUUAUCUUUCCGAUCGCGGUAAUCCUCAACUGUGAGAUAAUGCUGUCGCGAUUACGAAUUAUCAUGCAAAUUGGAAGUGCAUCUAACAAACUGCGUUUUAUAAUAAACUCGUAAAGCUUCCAGCGAAGCCGGAAAAAUUAGCCAAACGAUUAUUGCAAUUAUUUUUUUUCUCAUUGCGAGUGUAUCUCCGCGUAUUAUCGAAGACAAUCUGUGUUUAACGGCUGUGAAACUGCGUGCGACGACUUUAGAAGAGACAAAUCCAAUAAUGUCAACAGAUUCUUCGCGCGGUAGCGCGACGUGAUUGAUACCGUCCGAUGUAUCGUAUGAUAAACCUGUCUCUCCUGUAGUUGAUUACGUCCUUAUAAAUGAUGUUAGUUUUAAUUUAAUAGAAAGUCUAGUGACAGCACUUUAGUGUUAAUUGAAAACGAGUUGUACGGUGAUCUUAUCGUCGUAUACAGUGCCAAAUAAAGCUGAUGCAUCCGCGAAGAUAGUAUAAACUCUGUUUUGAUAACAUGAACGGCGUUUCACGCGUCUAUAUAUAUAUUGACUGUUUUUCCCAAUAAGUUCGUGCGACGAACGCCGAUUAUAUGUGCGUGGGCUAGUGGCAAGUGUAGCUGUGUUUGAAUGGCAAAUGGCAAAAGAUGCUUUUUCGACAUUUUCUUGAUUUAUUUACGAUGUAUAGAUCGUACAGACACAGACAUAUGCGUCGUUUAUCAGACGAGGAAGUAAAGCCUGAGGAUUCUGGUCCCGCAGACUUCGAACGGGCAAUUAUAGCGGCGGGAUAUGGAAAAUUUAAUUACUUGCUGCUGCUGGCGGUUCUACCGGCCAGCUUCUCCAGCAUCUUUUCAUCGUCAGCGAUGUCCUACGUGCUACCGUCCGCCGAAUGUGAUCUCGAGCUGACGAUGUUCGACAAGGGACUGUUGAAUUCGAUGGCGUUCGCAGGGAUGAUCUGCACGGUGUUUUUCUGGGGUUGCGUGACCGACAUGUUCGGUCGUAAGAAAAUAAUGUUCUACGGUUAUCUGCUUACCGGUCUAUUAAGCGUGGCGACGUGCUUCUCGCACAGAUCUUGGCUUUUAAUAACGUUUAAAUUUUUGGACGGCAUGAUCAUAUCUGGCCCGUAUGCGGCACUUAUGUCGUACUUGGCGGAAAUACACAAUGAAGCACAUCGAUCGAGAUCGUACAUGUGGCUUGGCGUGUUCUUCUCGCUUGGAAACAUUUCCUUGCCAUGUAUAGCGUGGCUCAUAAUACCUCAAAAGUGGUACAUCACACUUUUAAGCGAAACAAGAGAGAUCAAUUCCUGGAGGGUGUUCUUAGCCAUUUGCUCUCUGCCCGAGUUUAUAGCGUGCGCCACACUUUUCGCUUUCCCGGAGAGCCCGCGUUUCCUUAUCCUGAAAGGUCGGCACGACGAGGCACUGAGGGUCUUCAAGAAAAUCUACUCGCUCAACACUGGGAAGGAUCCCGACACGUACCCGAUAAAGAGUCUGGAAGAUGAAUACUCCGUUGAAUCGUGCGAAGAACGUAUACAGGACAAGCUGAAAAACUGCUUGAAGCAGAUGAAGCCACUCUUCGUGCGACCUAAUAUUUUCAGAUUGAUACUCGUAUCGAUGAUACAGCUAGGUGCAACGAUAGGGUCGAACUCGCUCCGGCUUUGGAUGCCGCAGCUGUUCGCAAUGAUCGAGAGUUACAAAAACACUCUUAUGAAGAACGAUAGCCACGUGUCGGGUUUGCAGCCCUCAUUCUGUUAUAUGCUAGGCCAGGAGCAGUCGUAUCUUAAUUCCACGCAGUACAUCAACGAGACAAUGAGCAACUCUACAGUAUGUAUUCCGGCGGAGCUGAAUUCUAGAGUCUUCAUCAAUUCCAUCGUCAUCGCUGUGACGGGCGUUAUCGGUUAUACUAUAGCUGGUUCUUUGAUCACCGUAAUAGGAAAGAGAAAGCUAAUGGCAAUUUGCUUCCUCGUUGCUGCUGGUUGUUGCGGCUCACUUUAUUGGGCUGAAGAUACCAACGGUAUCCUCGGACUGUCCUCGGUAUUUGUCGCUAUGACGAGUAUCGGCGGUGCGACUGUCGUUAAUGUCAUUGUCGAUAAUUUUCCUACAUAUCUAAGAACCAUGGCGGUUAGCCUAACAAUGAUGAUGGGAAGAAUUGGCGCGGUAUUUGGCAACUUACUAUUCCCCGUUUUAUUCAACCUGUCGUGUUUAGGGCCAUUUAUCAUGAUCGGCUCGGCCUCUCUAGUGUCCGCACUUUUGGUUACUGUUCUACCGGGAAAACCAACGCAAGAUGACAAACCAAAGGAUAUUGUUUGACCCUGUUAUAGAUGUAUCCAACGAUGAUUUUGUUAUUAGUUUUAAUAUUUGUCGAAAAGUCGACAUGUAAAUAGUUUACGCAGGUUUAUAAUCGCCAUCGUUUUAUAUCCGCGCAGUGUCUUUCAUUAUGUAAAUAUGUACGCUCAUUUAGUAGAUAAGGUCUAUUUGCUCCCACCUACUGUGUUCUACAUAUAUAUAUAUAUUAUAUAUAUACGUAGGAUAAACUAAUGAAUUAUACGGUCGUACAAUGUGUACGACGUGCAUAUGAGGGAAACGUGUUUUAAGCGCAUUUCGCGGCUGCAAUGUUUAACAUCUCGAAAUGUAAUUUCUAUGUCACCGAUCGUUCCAAUCUUAUUUAUCACAAUCUCUUGUUGUAAGCGUUGCUACAACAAAGAAAAAUUUAAUUAUGAUACAAGGCAGGAAAAUGUGAUAAUAUUUUUUUAUUAUUAACGCCUUCAUCCCUUCUGCAUGCAACAUGCGAUUCAGAGAAGAUCCCGAUGGAAAUAUUUUGUUGGAAUUAGUAUUAAGUUGUUCCAAUCUUAUUUAUUGCUAUCCCUUGUUGCAAGCGUAACAAAAACAAAGAGAAAUGUAAUUAUGAUGCAACUAAAGCAGGAAAAAUAAAGCAAAAUGAUUUUAUUAUUAAA